UUUGGAGGAAUGACAAUGACAUGCGCAUUGUUGACGUUCAGUAUGAUGACUAUGCUCUGAUCCACACUGUCAAGACAAAGGAUGGAGUGUCUGAGGUCCUCAACAAGCUUUACAGCCGCACUCCAGAGUCUAGCAUCGCCCUGCAACAGAGGUUCACACAGUUCUCCCUGGAUACUGGCAUUCUCCCCGACAACAUUGCUAUCCUGGCUAAAAGUGAUGAGUGUCCCGAGGCCUAAAGAGUUCCCCCCCUGCUCUCCCCAUCCUCCAUCUCUCACUCCCUGAAGUCCCAGGCUGUCAUUGCAGGAGAGCAGUAUUCUCCCUCACUCUGGUGUCUGCAGCAUCAUAAAAGCUGCACCUGAGAUAAUGAAACUCAACCAUUCUACUCAAAAUCCCCGUUGCAUGCCAAAGACCAAUCCUAAUCCUGAUUAAAACCUAAUUUUCUUCAACUCGUACAUUAACUGUGGCUCAGAGUGAAGCAAUUAGGGGCUGAAUGUAAAAGAGAGGGAAAGAAUACAUGAAACUGUGAAAGCUGUCAGUUUACUUUUUGUACAUGCCAAUCUUUUGUAACUGCUGAUGUCUGUUAUUGUGUUUUAUCUUUUUGUUGAA